AUGUUUACUAUUUUGUGGCAGAAACCAGGACCAAAGGAUAUUAGCACUAUUUGCUUCACCUCAGGUACCACCGGAGUCCCGAAAGGUGUGAUUUUAACUCACGGGAAUAUGAUAGCAACAACUGUAAUGUUCUUCCACGUGAAGCGUUUCGCAAUGGUUCCCAGUCAAGUGCUUCUAAGUUUCUUACCGUUGGCCCACAUGUAUGAACGAAUCUGCGAAAAUGCAGCCAUUGCGAUUGGUUGCAGAAUAGGUUAUUAUAGUGGUGAUGUGCGAAAUUUACUAGAUGAUAUGCAAGCACUAAGGCCAACUGUAGUGGCGAUGGUUCCUCGCGUCUUAGACCGUAUCUACGACCGCCAAUUAAUAACUGUUAGUGAGCAAACAUUUUUAAGGCAGUAUUUCUGCAACGAAACUUUAGCGGACAAAUUGGUUUUUCAAAAAAUCAGACAAAAGUUUGGUGGGAAUCUACUGCUGAUAUUUACGGGUGCAGCUCCUGUAUCUCAAGAAGUACUACAGUUUUCACGUGUUGUUUUAGGAUGUUCGAUAGUGGAAGGAUACGGUCAGACAGAGUGCGUUGCUGCUUGUACGGCCACUGUCGAAGCUGAUUUUACGGCGGGCCAUGUUGGCACACCUAUGCUAAAUACGGCGGUAAAAUUGGUCGACGCCUCUGAGAUUGGUUACUUUGCUAAGAACAACGCUGGAGAAAUUUGCGUUAGAGGUCCAAGUGUUUUUAAGGGGUAUUAUAAAGAUGAAGCAGCAACACGUGAAGCAUUAGAUGGCAGUGGUUGGCUUCAUACUGGUGAUAUUGGGAGCUGGAAUAAAAAUGGUACUUUGAAGAUAAUCGAUAGGAAAAAAUUCAUUUUCAAACUGCAACAAGGCGAAUAUAUUGCACCAGAAAAAAUAGAGAAUAUAUUCAUUAGGUCGCAGUACGUAACUCAAGCUUUUGUUUAUGGUGAAAGCCUUAAAUGUAGUCUGAUAGCCAUUGUUGUUCCAGAUGACCAGGUAUGGUUGGAUUGUGGUUUGAAGUUUAUGUUGAGGAAAUUAGCUGCCGAAAGCUUCAGUAUGAACAAUGCUUCGCUGAGUGACAUUUGUUCUAACGUCAAUAUCAAAAGACAUGUUAUGAACGAUAUGAACAGUAUUGGCAGAAGAAACGGAUUGUUUUCGUUCGAAUGCGUAAAAGACAUAUAUCUAACCGUAGAACCAUUUACGGUGGAAAAUGGGCUUUUAACGCCAACGUUCAAGAAUAGGAGAAAUAAUUUUAAGAAACAAUACAGUUCAGUUAUUGCAGACAUGUAUUCAAAACUGAAGUAAGU